UCAGUAUCGAUCCGCACAUCAGUCACCCUGAUGAAUGACGGCAAUUGCAACACACUACUGGGUGUGUCGCACUAGACCAGCAGUAAUAAAUGUCCUGAAGUUGAACAACCACACAGCACACAUUUCUAGCUGAACAAUGACUGCUCCUGAGUGGAAGAAACGGUGCGAUGAAGAGUGGGCUUUGGGUGGAAUGGCGAUGCCGGACAGCGUAGACUGGAAGUCUGCAUAUGAAGCUAAACCAUUUGGAAGAAAUUUGCUGAAGAAUCCUUCACCUCACGGCUUGAGUAAAGAUAUCCCUCCUCCUGAACCUGAGAUGCCGGAUGCUCCCAUGCAUAGUCCUCCAUGCUUUGAACCGGAAGGUGACUUCAGUGGCUGGAGCACAAACACAGAGGUUCUCCCCUGCGAUACCAGCGGCAUCCCAGCAGGGGUUGUGGUCUGUGCCUUGCCUCAGAACAGCUGGUUUACCUUGGAGCAGACUGUGGACCUGAAGGCGGAGGGGCUGUGGGAAAAGCUGCUGGAUGAUUUUCAACCAGAAAUCAUGAUCCAAGACUGGUACGAGGAAAGUCAGCUGCAUGAGUCAAUCUACCAACUACAGGUCAAGUUAUUAGGUGCAGACAAAAGCAGCGUGAUCGCGGAGCACUCCGUCAAGCCCAGUGAGGACCUCAGCACCUAUUCGCACACAUGGAAGGAGAAACCCUUCCCACAAGUAAGAUGGGCAGUGUCAUCCAACGCGCCACCAAUUAAUUGUAACAGACAACAUCUGAAAACAACUGGCCACGAAAGAACGCAUUUCACGUGUUUUGAGUUGCACCACAUCCGGACAAAAGCUUCCACUAAUGGAGAUUGUUAAGCGGAUGACUAUGCCAAAAGAAAAACUCCCGAAAGACAUAGUCGUUAAAGUUAACACAAAAUGAUGGAUGAACUUUUUCACUGGAAAAAAAGCAUUGCUUGUUUUGGACAGUAUUAGGGCACAUAUAUUGUAACAGAUUUUGUGAGAGCAGCCAUCAAGAAAACAAACUCAAUUCCAGCUUUAAUUCCUGGAGGUACAACAAAGUCAUUGCAGCCACUCGACAUCAGUGUGGAUUGCGCAUUUUAAGCAGCACUGGGAGUUGUUGGGGAGGCUCGGAUACCCAGCGUCGAGAAAUCAUUCAUUAAAACUUUCUGUAUGCAAAAAGUAUCCUUUUCUGAGGUUUUCCAGUGGAUCCUAACAUCGUGGAGCAGUGUGAAAGAAUCCACCAUCACCAAUGGGUUUAGAAAGGCUGGACUGCUGCGUGAAGAGAACAGCACAACUUCAGAGGUAACUUUGCCUCGAGAUGAAAGUGACAUUGACGAUGACACCGACAGAGGGACUGAAAAGGUGUGAUGGAGAUGUUUGGAGGCUCUUCAACUCAAACACUGAAGAAGACAAAUUCAGUGGUUUCAAUGCACAGGGGGAGGAUGAAUAAAGACAUCAAUGACUUUUCUGUUUUGUUUGAUCAUCCGUUUUACUGCCAUGUUACAGGCACCGUUUGUUAACAAAGU